CCACUUCCUUUCUUUUGAUUUUCCUAACAAAAAAGACUUUCACUGCUUUACUUGUAUAUGAAUUUAAGAGACUAGGAAUAAAAACAAGGAACCAUUCCAAAUUGUAAAUACAUCGUUUGCCACCACACUGCUGCAAAACCAACCGGCCUGUCGUCGGGACGCAUAAUGCAUCUGUACCGAGACGAUAAGCACCCGAUAAACGCGUGGAACGCCGUGGACGUCCUCGUCGACGGGCUCCUUCAGCACGGGCACGUCGUCAACGUCGCCAAGGACGGCCUGAUUAUUGAUUUCCAUUGCGCUGGACAGCGCGCACAGUUGAUCAAGUACGGGCGCAUCUUCCGCUUCCCCAGCAGCAGCAGCAGCAUCAUCAGCGACGACACGCUCCCGCCCGCGACGGCCGUACAAGUGUUAUUGCACCAUCCGCCCGAUGGUGCCUGGAUCUGGUAUCAUGGGACGAUUGUCGGCCUGGCAGACUACCUCAAUAAGUCAUUUGAAUGCGUGCAAGUGCCGCUGCUCGAUGCCAUCCAGGAGCUGGUACCCCGCGGCCAGGUGCGCCCACCGCCCGCGGACGGGGAUCGGGAAGGGUGUCGCGUGAUGGAGAAGGACUUCGUGGUCCGGUGUGCGCGGCUGCCUGAUGCCUGCGCCGCCGAUGGAUCGCAGUUAGUAAGGGAGAUCUUCCAAAAGAAGCUGGCGCGAGGAUUCAACAUCGUGUGUGUCUCCCUCUCUGUGCCGAAGCGGACGCUGCAAUAUCUGCAGCGUCAGGAUGCCCGUCCACUAAAAUCUAAGGAUCUGGAAGAGGUGUACACCUGCUCACAGCUGAACGGGACCCGGCCAAGCCCAUCCAGAAGCGAACAUGAAGCGGCUGCCAGCAUAACCGCUCCACCGGGAGAUGGUGAUGGCAUCCCGUUACCGCCGGUGCUGCUGCUGGAGGUCUUCCGCUCGCUGGACUCCAUCCGCCGCGUUCGCUGUCGCCGAGUGUGCGCCUUGUGGAACACUCUCCUCAUCACGGACGGAUACUUUCCCGAUGUACGCGUAUCCGGAAAUGCGGAGUACGGCGUUCUACCCUACUAUGCCGACGAUUACUUGGUAACUGCUUGCUUACUCAAGCGUCUCACUCGCGCCACGGCGGUGGUGGUGCUGGCGAACCUGGGCUCUCACAAUGAGCCCAACCACCUCAUCAGCCUCAUCGACCAUAUCAUCGACGGCAGCCGCCUGAGGGCGGUCGUGUUUCACCAGUGUGAAUUCAGCUUGAACCUUGGUUUGACGUUUCCCCAUCUGAUGGGGGACAUAACUAGUCUGGUCAUGGGAUGCUCGAAAUGUGGCCAGGUGAUCAUGAAGAACUGCCGCAUCUACGAUAUCCACCUGGAAGCCGUUGUAACGCAGCAUGUCUUCACCAUGCCGUCGUAUGAGCAGACCGAGAUUCGGAUGUGGGAUCUCUUUGAAAGGGGUCUCGUUCUCGAUAAGCCCGUGAAUCGCGAGGCGUUGGUGGAGUGGAUUGAUGGCUGGUUGGCGCAGUAUGCCAUGAACGAAGACGACGGGAUGGAAGAGCUCAUUCUGACGACCUUGUGCUACUAUCAGGGUUCCGAUCCGCGCCCGUCCACCCACUACCGCGAUCACCCGUGGACCAUGUUGAACCUCUCUGAUCUGGAUGUCACCAAGCUGACCACGUUGACGGGGACGGCGUUGUACGAAGCCAGGGAACGGCUAUCUCCACGCUGAACGGGCUUCGUUGAUAAAAAUUGUGGGACUUGGUUCGUACGUGCGGUGCCGACUGACCUUUAACGCUUUAUGCCUGUAUAAACACCGAGUUACUGGCUCCGUUUUGUUUGGGAUAUUAGUGAUUAUUUACUCGUGUUCUGUACGACAACGCUGCACGUACAUGCUGAUACGGAUAGAACUGCACCCGCCGCACUCAAACUCUACGCGCGACUUCUGACCGCGAACACAUUUUGCCGCGGGACAUUCGGUCGUUGGGACACUUCGGUUUGGGACAUUUAGCUUUGAGGGAUUUUGGCUGGUGGCGAUCGAUUUGUGCGUAUAGGCCGUAUAGGAUGUGCUCCUGCUGCCGCUGUUUGUUGAUUUUUUCAAUAACACCUCGAAUCACGGCGCGUCUGCCGGCUUGCCGAUAAACUCGUAUUUUAUCCUACAUUGUAACUUUUACGUUUGUAACUGCAGCGCGACCGUGUGCCAUUUUGAUAACUUGUUAUAUACUGUGUAAGUGUUUGUGAGGGGAUUUACAUAGGUAUGACAAAUUACUGUAGAACUAGAAAAGUGUCUACUACCUUUGCGUUUAUUCGAGGAACGUGCAAGCAGUCAUCAACGCACCUUCCCUAUUCAAUGCUAAAGUU